AUGGUGGACGCCGGGGUAGCCAGCCGGGCGUUGAUCUUCCGCAAGGCAGCCUGCACAUUCGUCGCCCUCCCACCGAUGUUUCCCGUCUUUCGCAAGUCGCUGCAACCCCUACGCACGAUAUAUGCCAGCCAUACUUGGACUCAGCAGACUUUACCUUUCUUUACCACGAUGCCGCCACGCGCAGCGACGGUCGAAGACGAUGAAUCCGACCAUGCGGUGAGCCAUUGCGGCAAACCCCCCAAGAAAAGGCCUUACGACCCGAUGAGUACCUUACCACAAUCUCCCGCCGUGGGCGAAAAAUCCGAGCCAGAUCAGAAACCGCGAAGUGGGUCUCAUGUCCCAUAUGUGGAGCCCGAAAAGAGUGAUCGGAACAAACAAAGACAAAGCAGACGGGGACAUGAGGGCAAGGAAAGACAGGACGAAAGACGGGGACAUAGGAGCGAGAAAGGACGGGACGAGGAAAGAUGGGGACACAGGGGCAAUGAAAGACGGGACAAGGAAUGGGGACACAGGGGCAAGGAAAGACGGGACGAGGAAAGACCGGGACACAGGAGCAGGGGCGAGGAAGGAUGGGAACGCGGGGGCGAAGAAGGAAGGGAACGCGGGGGCGAAGAAGGAAGGGAACGUAGGGACGAGGAAGAACGGAAACGCAGGAGCAGGGGCAAGAAGGUACAGUUUACCCUAUUCUUCGAUGUCGCCAUCUUCUUUGUGAACGAUUGUGAGGCUAUUCCGGUCGGCGGAAGGAUAUGGGAAGCGGCCUAUCGUGCUUCUGUCCCAACAGGGGGCGACAAAGGUGCAAAGGUCUGCAACAGUAGCAGCGGUAAAACCAAGGCCGGGAAGAUCCUAAAAAGCGUUUCUGCUGUAGCAGUCCGCGCCCGCUGCUCUUUUCAUUUGGGGUAUUCCGUAUCGGCCCCUGCAGCCACCAAGCUACGUCUGGCCGCUCCGUACCGCUAA